GCGGGAAAGGCGCUAGCAGCGGCUGGCCUGACAGCAUCUUGGCAAGACGAGUAUACGUGCCGUCGGCGACCGGAAGACUUCGGCUUUUUGCUUCCAGGCAGUGCAGGUGCAGGCUGGCCAGGCGCGAGUCUUUGUGUAAAAAGCACCGAGGCCGUGCUUCAAGUUUCACAGUCACUUCAACCUCCUUCAUGUCAUACCUCUUUAUCUUCACACGCCUGAUCAUUCGUUUCCUGCGCCGCGGAUUUGAUUUUUACUACGGCGCCAGGUAGUGGUGCCUCUCAAAGCGCUGGUGCCUCAGUGGUUUGCAGGUUGACCUGGAGGCAGAAUUUCACUUUGGUGUCACGGCCAUACGGGCCCCUGGGAGCCGUUUUGAGUUUUGUGUUUAAUAUUGACUGUGCUUUCAUGGUUGUUCACCAACAUGUUUAUGUUCACUCACAUGAGGGGGGUGGGAGGGGGGCAGUGACGUUCGUUCGUUCGUUCAUUUGUUUGUUUGUUGGUUUGUUGUUGAAGAAGAAGAAGAAGAAGAAGAAGAUGGAUCGGCUGUUCUCGUGAAUGAAGAAGUUCAUCCCGCCCGCAAAGCAAAAACCGAUCCAAAGGAUUGGUGAAUCCCAGGCUGUGGAAUAGAGUUUACCAGUAGAUAUAUUGCCACAAAGAGCGAAAUCCUGGAAAGCUGGAUAGAAACACGAAAUCUGCGAAUGCGGGGGGCUCGAAAGGACGUGAAGCCAUGUUUUAAAGCACUAGCAGAGAUGCCUGGUUUUGUUCGGCCAAAACAGGUCAGCUUAGCUGCCUCAACGUAACUGUGCAUUUGAGGCUCCGUCCCAGAUGAGCAAUGGCUGGCCGUCGAAAGGAGGAUGGCCAAGCAAAGGCGGACAGAAUGCCGGUGCCCCCUUGGGCGCCUUUGGCAAGGGAGGACCCGGGUCCAAAGGUGACCCCUUCGGAUCCCAGGCCUCAGCCCCGAAUGCGUGGGGAUCCAGUUCGGCAUACGGCUCCGCAGCUGGAUCGACCCCAACUGGUGGAGGCGGAGGGAACCCUUUCGGUGGAGGCGGUGGCUUUGGAAGCCAGGCACCUCGGCCGUUUGGGAGCGCUCCAGGAGGAAACUCCAGCCCCUUCGACAGCGGCUUUGGAGGCAAGGGCAAAGGCUUCGGACCAGGAGGUGGCUCCAGUGGGCCCUCCUCAUGGGGAGCGCCGGCGCCUGGGCCACCGCCCGGUGGAGCCGGUGGAGCCGGUGGAGCCUGGGGUGGAUCGAGUGCACCCAGUGGAGCGAGCUGGGGAGGUCCAGCCGCUGGAGGCUUCGGGAAGGGAGGCGGAGUCGCCGGGAACCCCUUCGGCGGACAGGCGCCUCGACCGCCUGGAGGUCCUUUCGGCAGCGGCUUUGGAGGUUCCGGCAAGGGGUGGUGAAAGAAGCUCGGAAUCCUAGUGUUUUCGUGUUGGCUUGAAAACAAUCCCGCAAUAUUCGAUUUUAUAGGCCUUGUGUCGUUUAGAGCCAUUCAUUUCAAAUACAUUAUAUUUUUUUCUGUAGGAAUUGUCCUUCAAUAUGUUUGCCA